GAUGACGGUUGGGGGUGGGACUUUCCUACAUCUGUUAUGGAAGAUGUCAUUCGCUACAAGAGCGAUGAUAACUGCGUCAAAGUCAAAAGUAUUGAGCCUUGCCAGGGCAUCUCAUCUUAUCAACAAUACCAAUGUGGGCCAACAACUACCGCGGCUUCUACCAAACCCCCCACCCCUUCAGGCAGCUGGGGUCAAGCGUUUCAGCACCUCAACACAGGAGAAACAAGAGGUGUCAAAUCCAUCUGAAGAUAGAGUCAAUCUGACUGAGUCAUGUGUGAAGAGACUUGGUGAAAUCAUGGGGAAAGGAGAGUACCUGAGGAUACAUGUGGAGGGAGGAGGCUGCUCUGGGUUCCAGUACAAGUUCUCAGUUGAUAGUAACAAGAAUGAAGACGACAGGGUGUUCGAGCAGGGAGGAGUGGGAGUCAUCGUGGAUCAGGACAGUCUGGAGUUUGUGAAAGGAUCCACUGUGGACUUCAGCCAGGAGUUGAUCCGCUCGGCCUUCCAGGUGCAGAAGAAUCCUCAGGCUGAUCACGGAUGCUCCUGCGGGAGCUCCUUCUCUGUCAAACUAUGACCCUACUUCACUGCAGAAAUGUUUUUACUACCCACAUUUAACAGCUUAUGAUGUGACACCUGACACAUGGUCAACAAGAACAGAACGUUAAAAGAUUUAAAAUAUUUAAAAGACAGACUUAUGGAUUGCCUUUAAAAGUACAUGCAUGCCUCCUAAACUGGAAACUUUGGGUAUUACAUGAUGAAAACCAUCUUUGAUUGUCUUUAAUUCCUGUUUCAAUACGCCAAUAAGUACAUCUAGUGUCACAACUAGCUUUAAUGAAGACUGCAUUUAUGGCCACCAUAACUGUCAUUUGUUGUGUAUUUCAAGAACACAGGGCUCAGUGGAAAGGUUUGUAUCUUCCCUUGUAUGUAAAAAUGUAAAUAGGCUAUAUGGAUGAAUAGAAAGCUAUAUUGUACUUGUUUCAUCUAAAUUAAAAUUGAUUGAAUUUUA